AAAGAAAGAAAGAAAGAAAGAAAGAAAGAAAGAAAGAAAGAAAGAAAGGAAAAAAGAAAGAAAUAAUUUCUUCAAAAAAAAAAAGAAGAGAUGGAUAAAGAAGGAAGAAGAGGAAAUGGAGUUUUGUCUUACGUCUACAUCCCUUUUAAUUUCAUCCACGAGAUUCUGCAAUCUCUCCUUGUCAAGUUUCUUGGUGUAAGAUCUUCUCCAAGUAAUUUUCCGACAUCGGAAGAAGAGGACGUCACAGAGGUUGUGGAAGUGUCGUCGAGGAAAGCUUCAUCGAAUCUGGAAUAUAGUUCCGGCAAGCCUGGAGGUACCAACAUGUAUGGUGCCUAAUGUUUUAUUCCGGCGUGUCAUCCAUGUGAAGCAAAGUCAAAGUCAACGUCAAGUUAAUAAUGUACGGAGAAAAUCUUCUACUUCUGUGUGUAUUAUAUGAUUCUUGUUUAUAAAUAUUUGUACUUUUGUGUGUAUAUUGUUCACAAAUAUUUAUUAUUUUUGUAUGUAUUAUGAUUUUUGACUGUGUAAUUUUGUAAGUUUGUUUGAGUGUUGAUUGGAAGACAAUAAAAACCGCA